UAUCAAGUACUGCCACGUGCUUCAUCUACCAUCCAUUCUGGGAAACUCUAGUAAUAGUAUUGACCAUCAUAUCGAUGAAACACAGCAAGAAAGAACGUGUUUUGAUCUCUCAAAGUCAGCGGCAUGGAGUGUGCAAGGAAGGAUCUCACCAUCCACAAACUCAGACGGACAACCGAUUUCGAAAAUCUCACUUUCCGAAUAGGCGGCUAUACUGACCCUGACCAAGGGCGCUUCUAUCAUCUGUGGAAGAAUGGCGAAGUCCUAUCUAUUCAAGCAGAACCAUACCGCCGUCCUGGCAUCGACUAUUCUCAAACAUCCUUGUCGACUCGGCCCUUCUUAUGUGACAGAGAGGCCUUUUUGUACCUACAAGAAGUGCUGCAGACGAUGCUCGAUAAUCUGCAGUUCGGUACAGAGAAUAAUUGGGCACAUCUUGUAAAACAAAAGGACAAUACCUACAGCCUGAUCUACACUAGAAAGGAGUUUGUUCGUUUGAAAUGCCCGGUUUGGACGAAGAAGGUAAAUUUGGAUGAUAUACAAGUCACUCGCAUCGUGGACUGCGCGUUAUGGGAGGGAAUACACGAAGGAAUGGAAGUCGACCUCUUUAUGGGCGUACACGCACUUUGGUCACAUUUUGUUGCUUCAGAGAGUCUUGGCCACAAGCUCAUGAAUGAGGCUGGUGUCAGUCAUUACACCUUCAAGUUACUUGCCCAUGUCUACAAAAGUAGAAUGGUCAUCGGUGUCAUGUGUGAACCUAUUAUUGGACGUCGUGUGUGUCCUACCGACCGUGCUGCUGUUUUCGCAGCAGUAGCUGAUAUCCAGAGACACGGAAUUCUAUUGGGAUCUCUCCUCCCUCACGACAUCCUCAUUACUCCCGAAGGCGUUCGCUUUCUGAAUAUCUCCGCUCUACCCCACACCCCACUUGGCUCUAGAGCCCGUGACGCCUUAUCCUACGUUAUACCUCGCCUGCCUUCACCUGGGCGUCCAGUUUACACUACUCCUGAGCUGGCCGUGAUGCAGUUUGUUUGGUCGGUGAUGACAUCACCGACAGAGUUCGCUCGUUCAGAUAUUCUGCCACUGCUCAAGUUCAGAGAGCAGCUGCGGAAAGGGAAAACCGCCAUCACUGAUGAUCCAAGGCACAGAAGAUGUACAAAGAUUGGUCGCAAAAUACUCAUCGCACCUCUUGAUUGUUCGGAAUCGGAGGGUCGCUUUGAAACACUUGACCAGAUCGUCACUGCUGCCGAUGAACCCUACAAACCAAAGUGGCGUUCUUCACCACGCACCCCGUAUGAGCGCCCGAACAAGAAGCUCCUUCUCCCAAAGGAUGGGGAUGAUGAAUGAUCCAUGAGUCACAACUCACAGAACACAUGUCGGUUGAUCAAUUCACGCUCUAUCUGGGACGGUCUAGAUCCACACAUCACAUUUGCAGUGUGAUUCACCUUAAUAUUUGAUCUCGAGGAAAUUAUUUAAUCCGUCCAUGCUUUGUUGCUUUCUAAGCAGCUCUGGAAUCUUUGUUGUCAAUAGUGUUGCUAUGUCAGGCCACCUUUUCUUUGCUUUUUGUUCGCAUGCUAGUACUUUGCAGUAUCGUGGAAUAAAGUGUUGAUAAAACUACUAGUCGUGUCAGUGAUGUCGUGAAGUAGCAGGCACUGGGGAGACGCUCUUAUGUAUAUGCGAAGUUCUAUCUGCCUUAAAUGUAAUGUACAACUUGUUCCUAUUUAAAAUGCAACUUUACCACGAGA